AUGGACACGAGCAAACUCAAGCCCAACGACCCGCGGGUCACGAGCCACUACGCGACCAUCCGUGGCAAGAAAUACCACUACAUUAUUGGCGAGCCUCAGGGCGCCAAGGUCGGCACCAUGCUGCUUGUGCACGGCUUCCCGGACAUGGGCUUCGGCUGGCGCGCGCAGGUCCCCUACUUCAUGUCCCGCGGCUACCAGGUCAUUGUCCCCGACAACGUCGGCUACGCGCGCACCGACGCCCCGGCCGACCUGAGCCAGUACACCUUCAAGAGCACCACGGCCGACCUGGCGGAGCUGGCGCGCAAGCACGUCGGCCCCGACGGCCAGAUCGUGCUGGGCGGCCACGACUGGGGCGGCCUGGUCGCCUGGCGCAUGGUCGACCGGUACCCGGAGCUGGUGCAGCGCGCCUUUGUCGUGUGCACGCCGUACAUGAAGCCGGCCGCGCAGUACACGCCGCUCGAGGACCUCAUCAAGGCGGGCAUCCUGACCAACUUUACGUACCAGCUGCAGUUCCACGGGCCCGACGUCGAGACGCGGAUCCAGGGCCGCGACCAGAUCCGCAAGCUGCUCAACGCCAUGUUUGGCGGGCAGGGCCCCAGCGGCGAGGUCGGCUUCCGCGUGAGCCAGGGCGUCCUCUUUGACAGCCUCGACGGCCUGGGCCCGUCGCCGCUGCUGUCGCCCGCGGAGCUCGACUUUUACGCCGACGAGUACGCGCGCCAGGCGGCGCCCGAGAUGCGCGGCCCGCUCAACUGGUACCGCACGCGCAAGCUCAACUUUGAGGCCGACGAGGAGCUGGCGGCCGCCGGGCAGAAGAAGGUGGCGGUGCCGUCGCUCUUCAUCGCGGCCAGCAGGGACGCGGCGCUGCCGCCGGCGCUGUCGCAGUCGAUGGACGAGCAGUUUGAGGACCUCACAAAGGCAGAGGUGGAUGCCAGCCACUGGGCGCUGGUCGAGAAGGCGGAUGAGGUCAACAGCAUCGUGAGUGAGUGGCUGGACAAGAAGGCGCCUUCCAAGGCAUCGCUGUAA